AAUACUUCCACUGGAAGGUCUUAAAUCGAUUUGCUGAUUGUUGGUUCUUGGUGGGUUUUCCAACUUUACUUUUGAACGGAGCGGAAAUUCAUAUUUUUACCAGGUUUUUGUAACUGUUGACACUAAAAAUAUAAACAUGGCAAUGUUAGCAAGAACCUUCGGCCGCACGUUGAUGCAGGCGACAGCGGUCCGCUCCAUUCAUACUACAUCCGCUGUUAAUCAAGAUUCUGGUGCACUUGGUGGCAACCGUGUAACAUGUACAUUGAUUCCAGGUGAUGGUGUCGGCCCGGAAUUGGUCUAUGCAUUACAAGAAGUCUUCAAGGCCACUAAUGCACCAGUAGACUUCGAAAACUACUUUUUAUCGGAAGUUAAUCCAAUUUUAAGUGCCAAAUUGGAAGAUGUCGUAUCUUCAAUUCAGAAGAAUAAAGUUUGCAUUAAGGGUAUUUUGGCUACUCCCGAUUACAGCGUUGCUGGUGAACUUGAAACUUUGAACAUGAAAUUGCGUAGACAGUUGGAUCUGUACGCAAACGUUGUGCACGUGCGCAGUUUACCCAAUGUGAAAACCCGCCAUCAGAACAUUGAUACCGUUAUCAUCCGUGAACAGACUGAAGGUGAAUAUUCAGCACUUGAACAUGAAUCUGUGCCCGGUAUUGUGGAAUGCUUGAAGAUUAUCACUUCCAAGAAGUCCAUGCGCAUUGCCAAGUUCGCCUUCGACUAUGCCACCAAGAAUAACCGCAAGAAGGUUACCGCUGUGCACAAAGCCAACAUUAUGAAAUUGGGUGAUGGUCUCUUCCUUAAAUCUUGCGAACAAAUGGCCAAGCUCUAUCCGCGUAUUCAGUUUGAGAAAAUGAUUGUUGACAAUACAACUAUGCAAAUGGUGCAGAGACCAAAUCAGUUUGACGUUAUGGUUACACCCAAUCUUUAUGGUAAUAUUCUGGAUAAUAUCGGUUCUGGUCUAGUUGGUGGUGCCGGUGUUGUUGCUGGCGCCUCAUAUUCGGCCGAAGCGGUCGUCUUUGAACCGGGUGCACGACACACUUUCGCCGAAGCUGUGGGUAAAAAUGUCGCCAAUCCCACCGCUAUGCUGCUCUGUGGUGCCAAAAUGUUGCGCCACGUCAACUUGCCAACAUACAGCGAAUUGAUCACCAACGCUGUUAACAAAGUUUUGAAGGAUGGCAAGGUACGAACCAAGGAUUUGGGCGGUCAGUCCACCACACAAGAUUACACACGCGCUGUCAUCGCCAACAUUCAUUAAACAAAGCCGCAGCUAUGCGCGACCAAACAAAUCUAAUAAUAAAGCAAGUUGAGUAAAUUAUUUCGGCGAAUUACCAGUCACAAUAAAAAUCAAAGACGAUCUGCCAUUGAAAAGUGUUCGAAAAUAUCGUCAUAUCAUAUACACACACACAUAGUUGAGAUUUUUCAGCCAAAAUUUAAGCAUCCAAUGUUGUUUUAUCUUUAUUUCAAGUAUUAAUCAGGCGAAUAUGUACUUUAAAACAAAAACAUUUUAUGUUAUAACCGUUGUUGAAAGCUGUAUUAUCAAAUCAACGAUUUACAUUUAUGCUAAUCUAAAUAUACUAGUUAAAUUUUGACCUACCUAGACAAACAUAGAUAUCUAAUUAUCGGCUAACAAUUUGCUUAUAUAUUUAUUUGUUUUGUCCUUAUGAUGUAUUAUUUAAACUUUUAUUUCUACAAAAUUGCAUGUUACCGAAAAUAACUUAUUUAACUAAAUCCUAAGCACAGUAAACUCUAUUAUGUACACCAUGUAUGCCAUACAAAUAUGUCGCAAAUGUAGCUGCUGUUCUGUGCUCCGCAUUGACGAUCAUUAAACAUGUUGAGACAGAAUAAAACCAAUUAUAUUAAUACAGGAA